AAGACAUGUUAGGUCACCUAUCAAGUCAUCAAUUGAACGCCAAAGAGCUACAAAAGGUUUAGCAAAUGCUGUAGCAGGUAUCCAUCCUCAGAAGAUGCUUUCAGCUCUUCGUCAAAACAAUCCAGAUCUUGCAGCAAUAUCAAAAGCUAUCUAUAAUACUUGUGAUACAAUUAGACGUGACAACCUUCAAGAUUACACACCACUUCAGGCUCUUUUCGAUAAGCUUAAAGAAGAAAAUGUUGAGUAUGAUCACCAAUAUGAUCCAAAUAGUCAUUUAACUCAUCUCUUUUUUGCACAUCACACAUCUAUUUUACUUACCAAAGCUUACGAUUCUACACUUUUAAUAGACUAUACUCCAAGACCUCAGGUUAUUGGUACUGACCGAGAGUUAGCAUUGAUAAAUGCUAUAUGUAUCGUCUUUUCUGAAUCAAAAAAUUUUUUAUGCAUAUGGCACAUUGAAAAAAAUAUGCUGGCCAAUUGUCGUAAUCAUUUUUCUACAGAAGAAUUGUCUGAUUUUUUAAAAAGCUGGACCACCAUUAUAAAGUCUAAAAUGGAGGAAGAUUUUAGUGAAAA